CCCAAGUCACCCUCGCAUCCCACGCCUUCCCCUACUCGUCGCCUCCUGUCCCGGCCGCAGGCAAAAGACACACACACCCCCCAAAUCGCAGCCUCCACGCCGAUCCCUCCUCUCGUCUCGUCUCGCUCUCGCCAUGGCCUCGCUACGCGAGGAACUCGUCUAUAUGGCCAAGCUCGCCGAGCAGACCGAGCGCUACGACGAGAUGGUGGAGGCAAUGAAUAGUGUUGCAAAGUUAGAUGAGGCACUGACAGUGGAGGAGAGGAACCUCCUCUCAGUUGGCUACAAGAAUUUGAUCGGUGCUAAGCGUGCAUCAAUGCGUGUCCUUGGAUCCAUUGAGAUGAAGGAGGAGACAAAUGGUAAGGAGUUUCAUGCGAGGCAGGCUGCUGAGUACCGUCACAAGGUGGAGGCUGAGCUGGACAAAAUCUGCUGUGAUGUGAUUGACAUUAUUGACAAGUACCUUAUCCCGCAUUCCUCUAGUGCUGAGAUUUCAGUCUUCUACUACAAAAUGAAGGGAGAUUAUUACCGGUACCUUUCAGAGUUCAAGAUUGGGACUGAGAAGGUUGAAGUAUCUGAAAAGUCACUCAAGGCUUACAAGACUGCUUCCAAAACUGCAGAGACAGAUCUCGCUCCAACGGACCCUCUCAGACUUGGUUUAGCUUUGAACUUAUCUGUAUUCUAUUAUGAGAUCAUGAAUUCGCCUGACAAGGCUUGCCAACUUGCAAAGCAUGCUUUUGAUGAAGCUGUUUCAGAAUUCCGCUCGCUUAGUGAGGAGAAUUACAAAGAUAGUGCACUGAUAAUGCAGCUUUUGAGGGAUAAUCUAGCACUCUGGAAUUCCGAUAUGGCUGAUGAUGCAGAUGAUGUUAAGGAAGGAACAGGAAGUGCUGGUGCUCAAGCCUCAAGGUGACCCUGCAGAGUGAUGGAGAUGCUAAUAGCUGGUAGAGUCGGGGUAUGCAUGGCAUGGUGUCCUGGGUUGGGUGCAGACUGCGGACGACUACCAUUUACUUACUGCUAGGUUCUGUAGUGUAGGAGUUGAGCUGAUGAGUAACCUUUGCUUGCAAUCAGGGCACGAUUCUUCAACUUCCGGAGCAACAAUCGUGUACUAAGUACUCGUUGGUUGCUCUAUGCAAGCAUAAUUUUUGGGUUUCUAUUGAUGGUGAUCAGGCAAAAGUUUGUAUGCUUCAUCAACGUUUCUCCUCUGUGAGUGCCUGUUCCUGUGCUUGUAGUAGCCUCAGGUGCGCAACUGCGCAUUGAUAAUUUGAUAUGAUGCCAUCGGGCUUCCAUGAUUAGUCUUAGCGAGGGUUUUCCCAGGUUUCAUAAUCAUUAAAUGAUACUUCACGUAGGUAGAGUAAUGUGAUAGAAUUUAUGAUGAGAGAGGAUUUGAGUUCCAUGGCAAACUAAUGCGAUGGAAUUUAUGAUGAGAGGAUUUGAGUUUCACGUGGGUAAAACUUAGUGUAAACAGUUACUUAAACUAUAAAACUAGAUU